AUGAAAUUCGAUCUGUCAAACCCCCCGAAAGGUUUUGCUAGGUGCAGUGUGUCGCAACUAGUUGCCGCAGAUAAGAUGGUUUUCCAAGUGAUGAUCGAGAAAGGCGUAAAGCCAAAGAGGUCAACUGGUGGGGAUUGUGCCAUGGACACCGAACUCCUAGAGGCCUUACACUCAUAUCAAGUUUCCUUCGGACUCAUGCCAUUGCCUGCCAAAGCUGAGAAGGAAAAAGAGAAGGAGAAGAAAAAAACAGAAGUGCCCAAGAACGCCUUCGACAAGAACGCAAAAGGCAAAGGUAAAGGAAAAGGAAAGGCUGGAGUCCGGCAGAGGUUCUUCAAGAUUCCGCAAGCGAUUUACCAGAAAGGCGGAGUUGCCGAGACGCCAGCAGGUGAAGCGAUCUGCUUCUCAUACAAUUUGAGUCAUUGUGCCAACGGACCCGAUGGCGGUUCGUGCGCCAAGGGAAAGCAUGUUUGCUGCAAGUGUUUUGGCGCGCAUGGCAUAAAAGAUCAUGGCUCCUGA